UGUCAAGGCUAACCUAGGUAAAAAAGGUAGGAGUGAAGAAAAGCAACAUCAGUAGCUGAAUAUAUCUGCCUCUAGCAUUCUGGCGGGGUAUAUAAAGACUUGUCUAUCGGACUAUUGUAGUUGUAAAUGGUUAAUUGUACUGCGGACAGUACUUACUGGUAGGGUGUACUUAUAUUACUGAAUAGUGUCAAAUCUGCCUUGGUGGUCAGCUUAAUAGUAGAUUUUGUAGUAAUAGUGGACUUUUGAGAAAAUAAAAGGAUUUAAAGUGAACGGCUUCUGGUUUAAUUGUUCUACCUGUGGUAUUUUGACAAUUUGACUGUGAAGGUUGUAAUUUGAUGUUCGUAAAAUUCCUGUGAGAAUUUUUAGGGAAAACUGUUGAAAAAGAAGAUAAACUCUGGGUUAAGAUUUGUGGAAUUUGUGAUUAAAAGGAAGUUUAUUUGAUUUUUCGAUAAUUAAGAAAAGGCAGAAAAACACUGUAAAAGAAAAAAAUGCAUUCCAGCUUUUGGGAUAGUUCUUCGCGUAUCAUACCAACACGUUAUGAUACAGAAUUGUACAGUACACGACCUCGUUGGGAAAUGGCUCCAUUUCAACCGCUUUCUUCGACUCCACCAUUUCCAACAUCAUUUCAAACCUUUCAACCGCCACCACCUCCACCAGAAUUCUCUCAAAGUCUUGUGCAUUAUCCUGUGCGGGCACCAUCUCAACAGUCGCAUCAGUUUGAGAACGAAAUGAGGCGAAUGAACGACGAAAUGGGGCGCAUGAUGGAUAACAUGAAAACGAUGACACCUGUUACAAAUGUCGAUGAUUGGCGGUUAUCGGAAAAUUUCCGUAUGGAAAACCCAAUUCACACCUUUGCUGAUGGUUCGAGAAAAUUCCAACUUCAGUUUGAUAUGCGUCAGUUUAAGCCCGAGGAGAUUCAAGUACGAACGGCGGGAAAUCAGUUGACCGUUAGUGCAAAACAUGAUGAAAAGGACCCGAACAAAUCCAUGUUCCGUGAAUACAACCGAUCGUACGUGCUACCCAAGGACGUGCAUCCUGAGCGUCUGUCAUCGAAGUUGAACACAGGUGGGAUUCUUAUGAUCGAAUGUCCGCUGCCCCAGAUCGAGGACCAUAGGGAAAAACUUAUUCCGAUUAAACACAACUGAACGGAUCGAUGAUGAUUUUGUUGACAUUUUAGGAUAGAAAGAAUAAUGGGAAUAGAAUGUUUUUGUACUUAAUAUCAUUAUGCCACUUGGGAUAUGAUUACUGUUUUAUUUAUUUUUUCAUUAUUUUUUU